AAUAAAUGUUUAACAAUAAAAAAAUAUAAGAAAAAGUAAAGAUCAAAAUAAAUAAAAUUUUCAUUUAAAAUAACAAAAAACAGAAAGAAGAAAAAAAAUCAUACUACCACGCAGUUUUUAUUUAUGUUGAGUGCAGUGUAUUUUAGUUGUUGUUGAUUUUUUUUAAAAUCAAACGCCAACAACAACAAUAAUAACAAAUUCUGAGUGUUAUAAACCAAAACAAGGAAAAAUUCAUAUUUUUGAGUUUUCUUUUGCGGCAACAAACAAAAUACAAGUUAAACAAAAACAAAACAACAAUAACAACAAAACUCAGGCUUCACUCCUCAGUUCACAGCAUUGCCGUACGUAGUUGUUUUUUAAACAGUGUUUCUACUAAAUCGGCCGGCCAAUGUUUUAAAAACGCAGAUGUUGUAACACAAUAUGGAAUUAGCGAUUUGUAAAACCGAAUUACCAUCUAAUAAAUUUAUGUUGCCCACCUCAACAUCAGCGGCCUCGUUCUAUGACAAACCCCAUCAUCAUCAUCACCACCAUCAGCAUCUGCCAGCAACGGCCCACCUUAAUGACAUUUUAAAUUUCCCCUCAAACUAUUUAUUUAAUAAAAGCUCAUCAUCAUCAUCCUCAUUAAAUACUACAAAUAAUAAUUGUGAUAAUUUAAAUAUUUCAUCAAUUUCAACAUCAUCGGGUACGACUUCUUCAACUAUGCGUUUGAAAAAGAAUCGUAAAGUCACAUUUUUAUCCAAUUUAAUUGAGACCAAAAAUAUCUUCAUUAAAGAAGAACCAGUUGAUGGCAGCAAAGAUUUACCACCUUCUAUAUGCAGUAUAUCUGAUUUAUCAGAUCAUGAAGCGUCAUUGGGUAAGUUCUUAUUUGUCUGCAGUUUAAUUACAAAUAAAAUAUGGGUAAUGUACAAGUUUAAACGAAGUAUUUAUAUUAAAUAUAUAAAAAAAUCUGGCUUAAAUUUCCAAAUAUUGUUUUAG